UAUUUUUCAAGAAAAAAAAGAAGAAAACAGGGGGUCUGCUGAAUUUCAAAUAGUUAGUUUCACCAAUAAGAUACGAAGACUUACUUCACAUUUGGAAUUGCACAAAAAAGACUAUUUAUCUCAGAGGUCUACGUAAAAUUCUAGGAAAACGUCAACGACUGCUAUCUUAUUUAUCAAAGACAAAUAAAAUACGUUAUAAAGAAUUAAUUGGUGAGUUGGAUAUUCGGGAAUCAAAAAAUCGUUAAUUUGCAAAUUUUGAAUUAGUCGAUUUAUUAGAUUUUCAUUUUGAUGUACUUGUUUUCGUUUUCAACAAUUCAUGUAAGAAUGAAUCGAGGAAAAACUUAUGAAUCUAUCAGCUACAGAAAAAGACCUUAUGAUAGUCAAUAUGGGGCCUCACCACCCAUCAAUGCAUGGUGUUCUUCGUCUCAUCGUUACUCUAGAUGGUGAAGAUGUUGUUGACUGUGAACCAAUAUUAGGUUAUUUACACAGAGGAAUGGAAAAAAUUGCGGAAAACCGAACAAUUAUACAAUAUUUGCCUUAUGUAACGCGUUGGGAUUAUUUAGCCACUAUGUUCACGGAAGCAAUAACCGUAAAUGGACCAGAACAGUUGGGGAAUAUUCAAGUCCCUAAAAGGGCCAGCUAUAUCAGAGUAAUUAUGUUGGAGUUGAGUCGUAUAGCUUCUCAUCUAUUAUGGCUUGGACCUUUUAUGGCAGAUAUUGGUGCACAGACCCCCUUUUUCUAUAUUUUCAGAGAAAGAGAAUUAGUAUAUGAUCUAUUCGAAGCUGCCACCGGUAUGAGAAUGAUGCAUAAUUAUUUUCGUAUCGGAGGAGUGGCGGCCGAUCUACCUUACGGCUGGCUAGAUAAAUGUUUGGAUUUCUGUGAUUAUUUUUUAACAGGAAUUGUUGAAUAUCAAAAACUUAUUACGCGAAAUCCUAUUUUUUUAGAACGAGUUGAAGGGAUAGGCGUUAUUGGUGGAGAAGAAGCAAUAAAUUGGGGUUUAUCCGGCCCAAUGCUACGAGCAUCUGGAAUCAAAUGGGAUCUUCGGAAAGUUGAUCAUUAUGAGUGUUACGACGAAUUUGAUUGGGAAAUCCAGUGGCAAAAAGAAGGAGAUUCAUUAGCUCGUUAUUUAGUCCGAAUCAGUGAAAUGACGGAAUCUAUAAAAAUAAUUCAACAGGCCCUGGAAGGAAUUCCGGGUGGUCCCUAUGAGAAUUUAGAAAUCCGAUGCUUUGAUCGAGAAAGGGAUCCAGAAUGGAAUGAUUUUGAAUAUCGAUUCAUUAGUAAAAAACCUUCUCCCACAUUUGAAUUACCGAGACAAGAACUUUAUGCGAGAAUGGAAGCCCCAAAGGGAGAAUUAGGAAUUUUUCUGAUAGGGGAUCAAAGCGGUUUUCCUUGGAGAUGGAAAAUUCGCCCGCCGGGUUUUAUCAAUUUGCAAAUUCUUCCUCAGUUAGUUAAAAGAAUGAAAUUGGCUGAUAUUAUGACGAUACUAGGUAGCAUAGAUAUCAUUAUGGGAGAAGUGGAUCGUUGAAAUGAUAAUUUAUACGACAGAAGUAGAAGAUAUCAAUUCCUUUUACACAUUGGAAUCUUUAAAAGAGGUCUAUGGGAUCAUAUGGAUGUUGGUCCCUAUUUUGACUCUUGUAUUGGGAAUCACAAUAGGUGUACUAGUAAUUGUAUGGUUAGAAAGAGAAAUAUCUGCAGGAAUACAACAACGUAUUGGGCCUGAAUAUGCCGGUCCUUUGGGCAUUCUUCAAGCGCUAGCAGAUGGAACAAAACUGCUUUUCAAAGAAAAUAUUCUUCCAUCUAGAGGCAAUACUCGUUUAUUUAGUAUUGGACCGGCUAUAGCAGUCAUAUCAAUUUUACUAAGUUUUCAGUAAUUCCUUUUAGCUCUCGCCUUAUUUUAGCCGAUCUCAAUAUCGGUAUUUUUUUAUGGAUUGCCAUUUCAAGUAUUGCUCCCGUUGGACUUCUUAUGUCAGGAUACGGAUCAAAUAAUAAAUAUUCCUUUUUAGGUGGUCUGCGAGCUGCUGCUCAAUCGAUUAGUUAUGAAAUACCAUUAACUCUAUGUGUUUUAUCAAUAUCUCUACGUGCGAUUCGUUGAACUAGAAACUUUUAUUUUACCUAUUCCUUUCGUUCUAGAAAAUAAGUUGAGUUGAUAAACUAAAUUAGAUAGUUAUAUAUGAGUGAAAGAAAGCAGCUUAUAAAUUCGCAGUAAAUUAAACAAAAAAAUAGAAUCUCAUUUCCUAUGUACAAAAGUUAAGUGGAAGAAAACGUAAGCGGAAGAAGUCUUUACCCCAAGACGGGUUGAUUAGUCAAUCUAGCUUGAAGCGGGCUCAAAAGAUCAACCGUAUAGAGUUUUCGCUAUCCUUUGUAUGGAUUCCCAUACAUGUAUUGCUAAACAAACGGGGGAUUGAACAAAAAACGAGUGGAUGGUUAGGAACACCAAAAUACAUAAAGGAUUGGUAAUGGAGAUUAUGUAAAUUAUAUAAAAAGAGACUUCUGGAUAACAUAAAAAGAA